CUCAUCCUCCGCGUCCAGCUUCGAGCGUCUCUUCCAGUUUCAGCUUCGAGAAAGCUCGCCGCUCGCCGCCACGCCGGGAAGGAAUCGCCCCAAAAAGCCCGCGCGCACCGGAGGGUCAGCGCACGAGAAGCGGGAGCAGCCACCACUCGCCGGCGAUGGAGAGGGUCGUGGUGGUCUCCGAGGACGCCGCCGCCUCGGUCUCCUCCGGCCCGUCCUCCUCCUUCGCGGAAACCAGGGUCAUCUGCCGCGUAUGUCAGAAGCAGUUCGCGCAGUACACUUGUCCACGCUGCAACUCCCGCUACUGCUCGCUUACGUGCUACAAGGUUAUUUGAGAUACAUGGAAACAUAGUUCGGAUCUGUUAACAUUUCGAUGGGAUGCAGUGGUGGAGCCAGCACCUGGCGAGCCUGGGUUCCCACAGUGCAUCUCCUUCAUACUCUAUUAGAGAAAGGGCAUAGUGUGCAAUGCACUGAGUCAUUUAUGCGUGAGAAUGUUACGGAGGAGCUUAAGCAAAUUCAGCCUGAAGAUGAAUCAAAAAGGAAGAUGCUUGAUAUACUCAGACGGUUCCACUUGGAAGAAGAAAUGGAGUCCAAUGGUGAAGAUGAGUCAAUGUUGUCAGAGGAGCUUAUUCAGAAAGCCAUCUCUGGUGACGAAAUCAAGCUUGAGGACCUCUCUGAUGAUGAAAUCAAACGAUUUCGUCAAGCUCUGGCCUCUGGUGAACUCAGCAAGAUGAUUGAACCAUGGACUCCAUGGUGGAAAAAUCCUUCUGCUCAGUCGAUCUCUCUUAGUCAUGAUGGGACCCAGCUUAUCAGACAAAUAAGUACAGACGAUACUACUUUAUCAGAUCCAAUGACCGCGUCAGAAUCUAUCAUCCAUGAAAUACCAGAAGGGCCAGAAUCUCCUCUCCCAUCACUCAAACAGCUAACCAGGGCAGAGCCAUCUCCUUUGCUCACUGUUCACUUAGUUGAUAUUCUCUACAGUUACUGCUUCACACUUCGCCUCUACAAUGGUGAUUGGCAGUCUGAUCCUUUGGGUGCUUCAACUGUUGCCUUGUCUAUGUCGAAAGUCAUGGGGGACGGCGCUAAACCUGAGACAGUAUCUGAAGCGCUCACGACGUGCAUAGAGGAGACAUGCUCCCCAGCUUACAGGCACACCGGAGGUUUCAGGUUUGCUAUUGGACUUGUGGAUGAUAUCAUCACAAUCCUCUCCUUAGGAGGCAAUGCAGUGGUUUGUGCAUUGUGUGACUUCCACAGGCUCUUCCAAGCUGGUGAGAGCAUCCUCAAGGAAGACAAAAUGGGCGAGACGGAAAAGGCACGGAGCUUCAAAAAGCUCCAUGCCGCGGGUAGGAAGCUGUUCUUCAUGACAUGCUGGGCUCAUGAGCAGCCAAGUGAGGCCUGGCCAUCGUUGGCUCGCAUCGUUGAGGUGCAGAAAGCGGCUUUUGAGGAGCUGGACAGUGGAAGCGGACUGAGGAAGGCAGGUAGAAAGAACAACCCUCAGUCCAAGGUUCUGAUCGAGGAGGUGUAAGCAUAUCAACGCAGUACUGCUGGAAUAACCACACUGUUUUCUCACCACCCUUUUGGUAUCUCUCAGCUGUAUCACUUGAUCCUUGUGCCCUGCUAUAUCUUUAAGUGCAGUGGCUUAAAUGUAUAAAUUGUCAUCUUUGGAAGAUGUGAUAGUUUACAUUUCUGAAGUUCUGAUAUUAAAGCGACCUGGUUAAUCACAUUUCCGAGCGAAUAUUGCUCAUA